AUGGAUACGCAGAUGGAUAAGCAGGAAGCUCAAGCAACACCUGCUCAGAUAACAAGCAAGCAGAUCCUUCAAGAAGCAUUCACCUCCAAAGACUCGAGAUUCAAUCGACCUCAACAAACGAUCCAAGAUCUAGGAGAAUUACGAUCUUAUCAACAAACGAAACGAAAAGAAUAUGAACAACAAUUAAAUAAGAAUAGAUUGAACUUUGGUCAAUGGCUACGUUAUGCCAGGUGGGAGAUCGAACAUAAUCAUGAUUAUCCCAGAGCACGAUCUAUAAUGGAACGAGCAUUAGACGUCAAUGUCCAACAUAUUCCAUUUUGGAUCCAAUAUAUUCAAAUGGAAUUAGCAGGCAAGAAUAUCAAUCAUGCAAGAAACUUAUUAGAGAGAGCCAUAACUAUUCUUCCUCGUGUUAGUAAGUUAUGGUUCUUGUAUGUUCAGACGGAAGAAACAUUAAAGAAUUAUCAGAUGGUAAGGAGUGUUUUUGAGAAAUGGUUGACUUGGCAUCCAGAAUCAAAUGCUUGGGAUGCAUACAUUGGAUUUGAAACUAGGUAUGAAGAAGAAAAUAAUGUAGUGGAGAUAUUUACUAGAUAUGUACAGGAGUUCCCAGCUGGAGAAACUUGGAAUAAAUGGAUUGAGUACGCAUUGGAAAAUUCACCUGAACAAAUUUCUACCGUACGAGCAGUAUUUGAAGCAGCAGUUGAUGAAUUACUUCCAAGAAUAACGGAAAUGGAUGACCUUGGAUUAUCAGAUAUAAUUGCCAAAUGGGCUGAUUGGGAAGUUUCAUGUGAGGAAAUUGAACGAGCUAGACAGAUUUAUGAUAUAUUACUAGAUAAAGCGGAAUCAAAAGUAGCAAUACCGUCGAGCUUUCGUGAUUCAAUAUACAAACAUUUCAGUACAUUUGAAAAAACAUAUGGGAGCAAAGGCUCUAUUCAAUCUAGUGUUACUUUAAAGCGAAAGGCAAAGUAUGAGUCUGAUUUGAAAGAUGAUCCUCAAGACUAUGACACAUGGUGGGCAUUAAUCACCAUUCUACAGAAUCAUUCUAAGGAAUCGGAUGUUGCGAAAGCCUUUAAGAGUUCUAUUUCUCAUGCACCAAAUGAUAGGACAAAGACAAUUAGGUGGAGGAGGUAUAUCAUGCUAUGGGUAAGAUAUGCCCUAUGGGAAGAGUUAACUAAUAAUGAUAUAGACUCUGCUAGAAUUAUUUGGAGCAAUUGUCUAAAGAAGAUACCUCACAAGUUGUUCAGUUUUGGAAAAGUAUGGAAAGGAUAUGCUGAAUUUGAACUAAGAAAUAGCGGAGACGAGGGUCUUUCAAAGGCUCGUAAAAUACUCGGAAGGUCAAUUGGACAAACUGGGGGCAAUGGACCGAAAUCCAGUAUUUUCAAAUACUAUAUAGCUUUUGAGAAGAGGUUAGGGGAAUGGGAUAGAGUACGUCUGUUAUUUGAGAAAUGGAUAGAACUUGCAUUACUAAGCGGAACAAGAGUGCUCCCUAUAAUUGCGCAAUAUGUUGAAUUUGAACAGUCAUUGGAAGAAUAUGAUCGUUGUGAAGCAAUAUUGCAGUUGGCGUUAAGUUUAUCAAGAGAUGAAACUACUUCAAAAUCAUUUGAACCUGUCGAUGAAUUAUUUGAAACUUGUGUGGAAUUCUAUAGGGAUGAAAUGAAGUAUGAUCAUAUUAGAGACAUGUAUAGAGACUUAUUGGAGCAAUCGCCUAGUUCCUCAGAUUGGAUUUCAUUUGCAUUAUUCGAAUCAACAAUUCCUUCAAAAUCGCAACUUGAGGCAUAUUUAAAUAGCGAAUCAGAAGAAUUUGAACUUACAAUCGACCAAGUACAGAUUGAAAGUACAAGAAAGAUAUUUGAAGAAGCAGAAGAUUAUUUUAAAAAUAAAGACGCUAAACAAGAACGUUUGGAGGUCCUUGACGCAUGGAAAGAAUAUGAAGAAGUUCAUGGCACCUCCGAAUCUAUUGAAAAGGUUAUGAAGAAACUCCCAACGGUAGUGAAGAAAAGACGGAAUAUUGGUGGGAUUGAAGAAGAAUAUAUGGAUUAUGUGUUUCCACAAGAUGAAAUUGCAAAAGCGCCUGCUACUUUUAAUAAAUUCUUGGAAAAUGCGAGGAAAUGGGCCAAAACUCAGGAUUAA